CUCUCCAGUUGACUAUGGGCUCGGAAGGUGUUGUGAAGAAGCCAUUGCAAUACCCAAUUGCUCGUAGAGAUGAAUCCGUGGUUGAUAACUACCAUGGUGUUGCUAUUUCUGAUCCUUACCGAUGGAUUGAAGAUCCUGAUUCCGAAGAGGUAAAAGAAUUUGUGGCAAAUCAGAUGAAAGUAACGGAAUCAGUGCUCAGGAAUUGCGAUUCCAGGGACAGACUUCGUGACAAAUUGACCAAGUCAUAUGACUACCCUCGCUACGGAUGCCCGUUUCAAAAAGGGAAUAAAUAUUUCUAUUUUCAUAAUCCCGGUCUUCGCUCUCAUCCAAUCCUUUAUAUCCAGGAUAGUUUAGAUGAAGAAGGUGAGGUUUUGCUCGAUCCAAAUGGACUAAGCGAGGAUGGAACAGUGGCUUUACGAGUUUUUGAGGUCAGCCAUGAUGCAAAAUACUUGGCCUAUGGUUUAAGCUCGAGUGGAAGUGAUUGGUUAACCCUUCAAGUUAUGAAUGUGGAUGACAAAAUCGUUCAACCAGACAAACUUUCUUGGGUGAAAUUUACGUCGAUCAGUUGGACUCAUGACACGAAGGGAUUUUUCUACUGCCGAUUUCCUGCUCCCAAGGAGACCCAAAAGAUGGAUGUGGGCACGGAAGUAAACGUUAACUAUAAUCAUCAACUCUAUUACCAUUUAUUAGGGACGAAACAAUCAGAAGAUAUAUUAUGUUGGAAUGAUCUUGAGAACCCUACACAUAUUCUUGAAGCAAGACUUGCGGAUGAUGGAAAGUAUCUUCUUAUGAAUAUAUGUAAAGGUGCGGCACGACUCAACAAAUUCUAUUGUUGCGAUUUAUCUACUUUACCAAAUGGUGUUGAAGGUCAUAAAGGAAAAGGCAUUCUCCCCUUCGUGAAGGUUAUUGAUAAUUUUGAGGCAAAUUAUGAAGCCAUUGUAAACAAUGACACAAUCUUUACCUUCCUGACUAACAAGCAUGCUCCAAGGUACAAGUUAGUUCGAGUAGAUCUCAAGAAACCGAGAAUUUGGAGCAAAGUGCUCAAAGAAUCAGAAAAGGAUGUAAUCGAUUCGGCUCUACCCAUAAAUGGAAACCAGCUGAUCGUUAGUUAUUUGAGUGAUUGUAAACAUGUUUUGCAAAUACGAGACUUGGAGAAAGGUGACUUGUUGCAUACAUUGCCUAUUGAUAUUGGUAGUGUCAACUACAUUAGCGCUAGGCGCCAAGAUACUAUGUUUUUCGUUAAGCUUAGUAGUUUCAUCACCCCGGGUGUCGUUUAUCAGUUUGAUUUGAAAACUAUGGUUCCACAAGUGAAGGUUCUGCGUGAGAUUGUGGUUUCGGGAUUUGAUCAAGCCGCAUAUCAUGCUAAUCAGGUGUUUGUGCAUAGUAAGGAUGGAACACAAGUACCUGUAUUUAUCAUGGCUCGGAAGGAUUUAGUUUUGGAUGGAUCGCACCCUUGCUUAUUGUUUGGAUACGGUGGAUAUGGUGUUAGUUUAACACCAUCAUUUGACAUUACUCGUGUGGUUUUAGCACGUCAUCUAGGUGUUGUAUUUUGUAUAGCAAAUAUUCGUGGUGGUGGAGAGUAUGGAGAAGAAUGGCACCAAGCCGGUUCACUUGGAAAUAAGCAAAAUUGCUUUGAUGACUUCAUUUCAGUCGCUGAGCACCUUAUUUCUUCAGGUUAUACUAACCCUAGCAAGUUGUGUAUAGAAGGUGGAAGCAAUGGUGGCACCCUCAUUGGUGCUUGCAUUAAUCAGAGACCAGAUUUAUUUGGUUGUGCUCUAGCUCAUGCUGGUGUCAUGGACAUGUUACGAUACCAUAAGUUUACUAUCGGUCAUGCUUGGCUUUCCGAGUUUGGUUGUUCAGAUAAAGAAGAUGAUUUUCAUUACUUAAUCAAGUAUUCGCCUUUGCAUAAUGUUAAACGACCAUGGGAAGAUGCUUCGAUAAGGGUCAUUCAAUAUCCAUCAACAAUGUUAUUGACUGCUGAUCAUGACGAUCGUGUUGUGCCAUUGCACACAUUGAAAUUACUAGUGACCAUGCAACAUGAGCUAUGUACAAGUGUGAAGAACAGUCGACAGAUAAACCCGAUCAUCGGAAGAAUCAGUAGCAAAUCAGGGCAUGGAUGUGGGACCUCAACCCAAAAAAUGAUCGAUAAACGGGUAGAUUGUUAUAGCUUCAUGGCAGAAGCAGUGGGUGCACACUGGAUAGAUUAACAUUUAUGUUGUAUAAGAAAUGAAGCGCAUGUGUCUACUUCCAAGUCAUCAUACAUUAUAUUUUUAAUUAAAUAGCAUUAAAUAUUACAUUUUUGUAGCAUUUACAAACAAAAUAUGAC